AGGGAAGUCCCGGCAGAGCCCGAGCAGCGGCCAGGCCGGCGGAGGCUCGCGGACCCGCACGUCCCACCGCAGACCUCUCCCCGCGCCCCAGCGCCACCGCUUGCUGACCGCGCACGACAUGAGCCACGGGAAGGGGACCGACAUGCUCCCAGAGAUCGCCGCCGCCGUGGGCUUCCUCUCCAGCCUGCUGAGAACUCGGGGCUGCGUGAGCGAGCAGAGACUUAAGGUUUUCAGCGGGGCGCUCCAGGAGGCACUAACAGAGCACUACAAACACCACUGGUUUCCCGAGAAGCCAUCCAAGGGCUCUGGUUACCGCUGCAUCCGCAUUAACCACAAAAUGGACCCCAUCAUCAGCAAGGUGGCCAGCCAGAUUGGACUCAGCCAGCCCCAGCUGCACCAGCUGCUGCCCAGCGAGCUGACCCUGUGGGUGGACCCCUACGAGGUGUCCUACCGCAUCGGGGAGGAUGGCUCCAUCUGUGUCUUGUACGAAGAGGCCCCAGUGGCCGCUUCCUAUGGGCUCCUCACCUGCAAGAACCAAAUGCUGCUGGGCAGGAGCAGCCCCUCAAAGAACUACGUGAUGGCGGUCUCCAGUUAGGUCUCCUGCCGCCCCACCCUGGCACUCUACUGUACUCAUCCUGCCGUGACAACAGCCCACCACAUACCUCAACCUGGGGAACUAUUUUUAAAUGAAGAGCUAUUUAUAUUAUAUAUAUUAUGUUUUUUAAGAAAAGAGGAGAAAAAAAAAAACCAAAAGAUUUUUUUAAGAAAAAAAUCCUUAAAGGGAGCUGCUUGGAAGUGGCCUCCCCAGGUGCCUUUGGAGAGAACUGUUGUGCGCUUGAGUCUGUGAGCCAGUGUCUGCCUGUGGGCUGGGGAGCAGAGCAGGGGUGGGCCUAGCUAAGGUGAGAUGGGAGAAGCUUGGCCAGCAGCCCAAGAAGAUGUGAGAGGGAGCAAGCUAGGUUAGCAACUGUGAAUGAGAGAGGUCAGAUCUGCCCUGGGGGGAGAAGAGAGGCUGAGUCCAAACCCCUCUCUCUCCCCACCAGGACACUGGCAUCCCUGGUUUCUCUCUUACUCAGGGGCAUUCAAGCCUGGACUUAAAUAAUACUCUGUUGCCUAAUCUUGUCUUUUAUUUUUCUAAUGAGAUCCUGGGCAGAGAGUGAAAAGGCCUCUCCAAUUCCUUCUGCCCUAGGCAGCUUUUCUUGAAAUCAUGACUUGUUUCUAAUUCUACCCUCAGGGGCCUGUAGACAUUGCUUCCCAGCCAGGAAUCUAAAGCUUUUUGGUAUUUUUGGUUUUUGGUAGGGGGGAAAUGUAAGGCAGGGGUUGGAGAUUAUUGGGGUUAGAACCGAAGGGAACUCUGCACAAAACCUUUGCUUUGCUAUGUGCUGCUUUGUGUGUAUAAUUUGGGGGUGAUUUGCAAUGGAAUUUUGGGACCCAAAGAGUAUCCACUGGGGAUGUUUUUUGGCCAAAACUCUUCUUUUUGGAACCACAUGAAAGUUUUGAUGCUGCUGCCAUUAUCCCUUUGAGAGGUGGCUCAAAAGCUACAGGGAACUCCAGGUCCUUUAUUACUGCCUUCUUUUCAAAAGCACAACACUCCUCUCUAACCCUCUCCUCUCCUCUUCCCAUCUGAUUGGGUCAUGGAGCUAUUUUCUAGGCAGUUCUCAGUCACUGUGCAAUAUGCCCCCUGGAUUCCAAGAGGGUCUGGAGACCUGGCUCUCAGAACCUCCUGGUACCCUGGUGGGCUUAGGGAACCGUCUCUCCUGCUCUCCUUGGGAUUAUGGCUGGCUAGUCAGCCUUGCAGGUAUUCCUUGGCUGAAUGGGAGAGUCCCCCAAGUUCUGCAAGACUACUUGGUAUUCUUGCAGGGCUAACACUAAAAGCCAAACCUUAGGCAUUGUUUUUUCUCCUUAGUGCUCUGAGCACCAGUGGGAGAGGUUGCUGUCUCUCUCAGUACAAUCCAAAUUUGUCUGUAGACUUGUGCAAUAUUUACUGUUGUGGGUUGGAGAAAAAUGGAAAACUAUACUGGGAAGAAAACCCCUUCCUUCAGUUUCUCAGUGACAUUGGUAGGGGUCCUCAGAAGGCCUCGAGUUUCCCAAACUGAAUCACCUUAAGAAGGACAGAGCUAGAGCAUCUGGUCCACCUGGCUUCCCUCCUGCUGUUGACCCUUAGUGAGGAGUCUUCCCUUCCUCUUCCUCUGCACCCAAGUUCUCCUCCCCACAGCCAGUCCCCUCUCUGGGAUUUCUUAACAACUCAAUUUUGAUUCAAAGGUGCUAUUUACCAAACACUCUCCCUACCUAUUCCCCCUGGUCCUGCCUCCUUUCCAACUUCCCAGAUUUCAUGCUGCCUUCCCAGACCCUGCUCCCCGUCCUCACUGUUUUAAAGCUAACUUUGGGCCCACAGACCUAAGAGCUAAUGCUCUGGCCUGUGGGUUGAAACAAAGCUGUGAAUUACUGCAGGUUGUGUUCUUGCAUCUUGUCUGCAACAGGCCCCUGCCUUUUUAGAAGCAGCCUCAUGGUCUCAUGCUUAAUCUUUUCUCUCUUCUCUUCUUUUGGAUGUUCACUUUAAAAACAACCAGCCCCCCAGAGCCGGACUGUUGAGCAGGCCUGUCUCUCUUAUUAAGUAAAAAUAAAUAAUAGUAGUAUGUUUGUAAGCUACUCUGACAGAAAAGGCAAAGGUUACUAAUUGUAUAGUAGUGUUUUUAUAUGGAAGAAUGUACAGCUUAUGGACAAAUGUACACCUUUUUUUUUUGUUACUUCAAUAAAAAUGUAGCAGAUGAA